AGAUGAGGAAGAUGAGCUGGACCAGUCACAGCACCACGUUCCCAUCCAGGACGCCUUCCCCUUCCUGAACAUCAAUGGCUCCGGGCCAGCCAGUUUCCGGCUUAAGCAAGGAGAAUGUUCCAGCGGUAACCAACAAGGAGAACCUGGCGACGCCGGUCUCGACUCCAUUCCUGGAGCCGACCCUCGGGAGCGACGGCUCUGCGGUCACUUUCGGGAAAACCCAAGAGGAUCCCAAACCAUUUUGCGUGGGCAGUGCCCCACCGAGUGUGGACGUCACCCCCACCUACACCAAAGACGGAGCUGACGAGGCAGGACCAACCGAUGGCAAAGUUCUGAACCCGAAGCCAUCUAAGCUGGCAAAGAGAAUCGCAAACUCCGCUGGUUACGUGGGUGACCGGUUCAAGCGUGUCGCUACCGGACUGAACGCAGACUCCAGUCAGCUCGGCCGGGAGCAGCGGGCAUUGCAGAUGGAAGGAUUACAAGAGGACAGUAUUUUAUGUCUACCCGCUGCUUACUGUGAGCGUGCAGUGAUGCGCUUCUCAGAGUUGGAGAUGAAAGAGCGAGAAGGUGGCCACCCCAGGAUCAAAGACUCCGAGGUGCGCAAAUUCAGCCCCGCUGACUGGGAAAGGCUGAAAGGAAGUCAGGACAAAAAGCCAAAGUCGGUCGCCCCGGAGGAGGCCAUUGCUGACCAGAACGACAGUGAGAGAUUGUGCGUGCUUGUGGCCUGUGGCCUGCAGCCUGCUCCGGACCCCAGAAACCUCACGGGUGAUGGGGAGUGUUAUGAUGGAAGCAAACCUGACCCCUUCAAAGCCCCAGAAGACAGUGAUCUUCCUGAGGACAUGGACACGGAGCCCCCCAGAGAGUCCCCCGCCGACCAGGCGGCCCCGGACGCGUCACGCAGCCCCACCCUCCGGCUGAACAGAAAGCGCAAGGUCUCUGGCAAUAGGAACCACACUGAGACCACUGUGCUCCCGGAGGACUCUCUGCUGAAAGCCAAGCGGAGACGGGUCUGCAAAGGGCUCCAUCCCAAAAAGCAGCGCCGCUUGCUGCACCUUAGAGAACGGCGGGAGCAGAGAGCAAACCUGGCCGGCAGGGCAGGAAGGAAGUGACCCAGGCGGUUCAGCCUGCGGUCACCCCCCAGGGCAAUAGCAUCUCCGAAGAGAAACCUGGCAGGAAAAGGGCAGAGGCCAAAAGCAACAGCAGCUGGUUGGAGGAGUCCCUUAAAUGCAGUGACAAUGAACAAGAUGUGCUGUGCAUGGACGAAGAAAUGGAUCGGCAGCCUUCGCCCCUGCCGCAGAAAUACACCGACAACAGCGAGAAGCCAUCCAGG